CGCCCAUGGUGCUGAUGGCGGCGGCCCGGGACCCGCUGUGGUCGCGGCUUCUCAUCCCCCUCCUCCACCCUCUGCCCCGGGCCUGUAGCAGCGGCCCCGACCCCGGCCCCAACCCCAACCCCGCCCGGCAGCGGCUCCACAAGGAGCGGCGGCGGCUGCGAAGAGAGGCGGCCUUGGAGGCUCGGAGUGGAGGAGGAGGAGAGAAUAAUGGAGGGGGAACCGAGCCGCGGAAAUGGACGGAACCACCGGUGUUCACGUACGACGUGCCGACUCCACCGGGAGAGAAGAAAGAUACGAUGGUCCCGCUGCCGAAAUCGUACAGCCCCCGAUACGUGGAGGCUGCCUGGUAUUCAUGGUGGGAAAGAGAGGGCUUCUUCACGCCAGAGUACCACGCACAGCUGCCCCACCGAGAGGAUGCCACCUUUGCCAUGUGUUUUCCCCCACCCAACGUUACAGGUUCCCUGCACCUGGGUCACGCGCUGACUGUGGCAAUACAAGACGCAAUAGUACGAUGGAACAGGAUGAGGGGUCGAAGGGUGCUGUGGGUACCAGGCUGUGACCACGCUGGCAUUGCCACCCAGGUGGUGGUGGAGCAGCGUCUACAGAGGGAGAGUGGGAUCAGUCGGCGUGAUCUGACCCGUGACCAGUUCCUGCAACACGUGUGGCACUGGAAGCACGAGAAGGGGGAUGAGAUUUACCAGCAGCUCCGUUUGCUGGGCUCCUCACUGGACUGGCACCGUGCCCGCUUCACCAUGGAGGCCGGUUACAGUGAGGCGGUGACUGAGGCGUUUGUCCGUCUGUACGAGGCGGGUCUGGUCUACCGGGGCCGCCAACUGGUCAACUGGUCGUGUGCUCUGGGCUCGGCGAUCUCCGACAUCGAGGUUGAGAGCUGCCCCCUGAAGGGGCGAACCCUGGUCUCAGUGCCCGGGUACCAGGAGAAGGUGGUCUUUGGGGAGCUGGCACACCUGGCCUAUCCGACAGAGGAUGGGGGUGGGGAGGUUGUCGUGGCGACGACGAGGCCGGAGACGGUACCGGGGGAUGUUGCCGUGGCUGUGAAACCUGACGACCCACGAUACUCGCAUCUCCAUGGGGCCAGAGUUCGUCACCCAUUGACGGGUCACCUGCUGCCGAUCAUCACCGACCCACUGGUCGACCCCGACUUUGGCACAGGUGCGGUGAAGGUGAGUCCCGGCCACGACCACACCGAUCACCAGCUGGCAAUGCGGCACCAACUCCCCCUGCCCACCGUCAUCACCGACACCGGACACAUGGCAGCAAACUCCCCACCCUGGCUGCAGGGGAUGGCCAGGUUUGAUGCCCGUCGCGCAGUGAUGUCGGCCUUCAUGGACCGUGGAUUGUUCCGUGGAUCUAGAGACCACCCCAUGGUCUUGCGGCUCUGCAGCCGUUCGCGGGACGUGGUGGAACCGCUGCUGAGGUCCCAGUGGUUUGUGCGGUGCCAAGAAAUGGCAGCGAAUGCCAUGGAGUGGAAGUGGAAAGUCCCCAGGAAACAUAUCCUCUCCCACUAUUGUUACUGUGGAGCGGGGGGACCUCACCUUCACCCCCGCCUCCCUAAAGAGCACUGGAACAUCUGGCUGGGCAACAUCAGUGAUUGGUGCGUUUCCCGGCAGCUGUGGUGGGGUCACCGAAUCCCGGCCUAUCGCGUCGCUCUGCCCUCACCCCCAGCGCAGGAGGCCGUGGGUUCGGAUUGGGUGGUGGCGAGGUCGGAGGUGGAGGCGAGGCGGAUCGCUGCAAAGACACUGGGCGUGGAUGAGAGUGACAUCACCCUGACGCAGGAUGCUGACGUCCUGGACACCUGGUUUUCCUCGGCACUCUUCCCCUUCGCCGCCAUGGGGUGGCCACGGAAGACAGAUGACCUGUGCUCUUUCUACCCAAACUCACUGCUGGAGACGGGGACCGACCUGCUCUUCUUCUGGGUCGCACGCAUGGUGAUGCUGGGGGAGAGACUGACGGGCACUCUCCCCUUCCCACAGGUUCUGUUCCACCCUCUGCUGCGGGACUCCCACGGCCGUAAGAUGAGCAAGUCGCUGGGAAACGUUAUCGACCCCCCGGCACCUCAUCACCGGGUCAUCAUUACAGCAUCUACAGGAGGAUCUCUCCCACAAACACCUCCACCCCCCGAGAGAAACAACUCGUGCUGGAGGGACAGUGAUUGGAGUUGCCGGAACUCUCCACACGGGCUCCCCGAGUGUGGCACUGACGCCAUGCGGCUCACACUCUGCUCACGUGGACACGGUGAGGAAGUGUCGGUGGAUGUCUCCUCGUUUCUGUCGGCCCGUCGUUUCUGUAACAAGAUGUGGAACGCAGUGCGGUUCACCCUGUCCUCCCUCCCCCCCGACCUGCAGCCCCUCCCUCCACACCAGGUGAGGCCGGAGGCUGCCAUUGAUCGCUGGGCCCUGGGCUGUCUGCAAGGUGCGGUUGGGGCCUGUGAACGAGGUUUCCUCCAGAAGGACAUGUCCAUGGUCACCACCGCUGCCCGGCACUACUGGCAACACCAGCUGUGUGACGUCUACCUGGAGUGUGUGAAGGCUGUGUUGCAGGGGUCUGUACGGGGAGAUGCAGAGAUGGGGGUCCAGGUGCUGCUGCUGUGUGUAGAGGGGGGCCUUCGCCUCCUCGCCCCCAUCAUGCCCUUCCUCACCGAGGAGCUGUGGCAGCGACUGCCCCCCACCCCCCCACAAACUUACCCCAGCAUCUCCAUCACACCCUACCCCUCCCUCACUCACACGCCGGACUGGAGUUCUCAGGAGGUGGAGUUGGACUUUGAGUUGGUGCAGGAGGUGGUGCGAGCGGUGAGGGGGGUGAGAGCGGAGUACAGGCUCACCCGGGAAAAACCCCACAUGUUUGUCUCCGGUCCCCCCGAGAUUUCCACCCGUCUGCAGCCCUUCCUGGGGCCCCUGCAGACCCUGUCCCGGGCGGGGGGAGUGGAGCUGCUCCCCCCGGGGGAGGGGCCACCCCCGGGGACCGUCCAAGCCGUCGUCACCCACACCUGCCGGGUCCACCUGAUGCUGCAGGGUGGUGUUGACACCCAGACGGAGCGGGCACGUCUAGCCGAUCAGCGCCGGCGUCUGGAGGCGGAGCUGGCGACCGCAGAGGGUCGGAGCCGCGGUGACGGGUUCACCGAGAAGGUUCCGGAGAAAGUGAGGAGCAAACAGAACAACAAGAUGUCGAAACUGAGGGCUCAGCUGGAGUGGAUCAGUGAGGCCGAGCGGGGGCUGGGGGAGCCCAGAGACCGAUCCUGAGCCCAGUUUUCCCCCCUCCCUCCUCACCCAUACUGCCCCUUCCUUCCCCGUUCCUGCCCUCUCUCCCUCAGUGCCUCCGCCUCCGCCCAGUAGAGUUGCUGCCUCACAGCGCCAGGGACCCGGGUUCGAUCCUGACUACGGGUGCUGUCUGUACGAAGUUUGUAUGUUUUCCCCGUGAACUGCAUGGGUUUUCUCCGGGUGCUCCGGUUUCCUCCCACACUCCAAAGUCGUGCAGGUUUGCAGGCUAAAUUGGCCUCGGCAAAAAAUUGUAAAUUGUCCCUGGUGUGUGUGGGUUAAUGUUAAUGUGAAGGGAUCGCAGGUCGGCACGAACUUGGUGGGCUGAAGGGCCUGUUUCUGCACUGUCUCUCUAAACUAAACUAAACAAAUGAUUACUUCUUCCCAAUCAAUCUGUGCCGUUCUACAAGUAGAUAAAUGCUGUCCCGCAGACUGUCAAUAACACAGUAGCCCCUCAUUACAACAGACCACGGGAAGGGGGGGGUGGAGGAUGGUGAGUGUUAUUGAUUGUAACGUACAGUAUUUCAUGUGCACGAUACGAUAAAAACGUUAUUCAUCACCGGA